UCACGGUGCCGGACGACAUACCAUGCCUCUUGUAACCCGUACACGACAGUGAAGAAAACUUCACUUGGGACUCCCAUUCCUCUGCGUCCGCCUCAGCCCUCCAACUCGAGAACAUCCUGGGGACCCCUCCCAUCAUAUCAGGCGUUUUUCGCAAGCUGGACGAUAUGGGCCCUUUAUCGCUUUUGAAGGGACAAGCUGCCAUAUCCCAGGCGGAAAACUGGGAUGAUGACUUCGAGUUCUCCUUGUCCUUUCCAAUAGACUACAACAACUCGACGGCCACCUUGAAGGAGAAUAAAUAUCAAAACAUGUAUGAUAGGAACGGGGAUAUUCCCUCUUCCGUACGCCCAAAAUCAUUGUCGUUAUCACCGACUAAACCUGGCCGCUCUGGCGCCCCAAGCUGCCCUAAGAUUACAGCACCGCUACACACACCGUGCCCCCAAUCCCCAAGACAUUCUCCUUCUUACCCCAGCGAUUUUACCUCAUUCCCAUCAAAGACAAAACCUUCAUCAUCAAACCCCGACCCAGUUUCUCCACCACUCUUAUCUACGCGGUCUAACGCAUACUUGCCACAAAGACAUGGACGAGGCUUUCGCUCGAGGGCCGGAUCUACGACAGCGAUAAACGGAGAUGUAGCACCCAAGAAGCUCACUAAGCGAUGUCCUUCAGCGUCGUUUAUCCCCAUUCCGUCUAGCCAUUCUUCACGAUCAUUACGACGAAACGAUUCGGCCACUUCGCUGUCUUGUUCUUUACACCGAUCUGCCACUUGCCCAGAUCUCGUGUAUCCGUGCACCCCUCCUUCAACAACGGAUAUCCCAAGAAGUGCUUCUGGGGAGCCGACGCCACCACAAUUCCUCUCUGAGAAAGUUGCAUCAGGCGUCACCGACUUAUUGCGAAAGAAAAGCCGAACAAAACCAAGACCACAAGUGCCUCUGCUUCCUUCCUCGGACAAUAUUGUAGGAAAAGAGCACGGAAAACGCUUUUGGAAUAGGUUUUCAGGAAACCCAGCUUCCAAUAAAGACCACACUGCGACUCCAAUGCGCCGCCGGUCAUCUUCCGUCGGGACUUUCUUUGCAGAAGUUGACGUAUCAGCUCGCUCGUCCCCUGAGCCUCCUCUACCCCCCCUGCCCAUCAACCUCAACUCCCGCUCACCCACCACAACUUCGUCUAUGCGUUCCCAAAUGCAACACAACACGAUAUCUCCAAUCUCAUCUACGCUCCAAUGUCCAUCAAAUAGUUUGGCAGAGGCGAAAAUGGGCACGAAGGAGGGGGCGUUACCCAUACCUUACAUCCAUCCGGGGAACAAUGCCUGGAGAGAAGUGGCGAUUGACGGUGAAGAUUCUCCAUUGUCGGACUGCCGAAACAGUUUUAAGACACCUGAUGAACCUCAGUCUUACUCUCGCGGCUUUCAUCUUCCUUCCCCUUCUCUCGGAUCCCCGUAUCGUCGUGCCCGUAAAUCAUUGCAUAUCCCGGAGCAUCCAUUACCAGAGUCCUCGUCCCUUCAUAUUAUGGCUCCUGGUCAAACUCCAGGAGGUAAUGCUUCAAUCUGCUUUAGUAUGAGGAGUGAGAGCCCUUCGGAAGCAAAGAUAAUAGAUGUUAAGGCUCCUCGAAAGCGAGUAAAGGAGCCACAUUCCUUUUUUCCUGCUUCAUCUGUAGAGAUGGCAGAGAAACUAAGAAAUGACAAUGAAGCCGUGGCGAUGGCUAAUACACGGCCAUACACAACAGGAGAUUGCCCAACUGCUGGCUCUCCCGACAAUCUGAACGCCGUUACCGCACAUCCUACGUUAGUUCGGUUUGGCCGUAAAACAUCGGGCAAUGGUCACACAGGUGCUGGGAGCUCUGGGGCUAGCUUUACCUCCACUGUCAGAAGAUUAGGCUCGAUUUCGAAAAAGCACGGAAGACGUAUAUCAGGUGGCUGGAAAUUUGGAGCGCAGCCUUCAAGCUCUUCUGCCUCUUUGACCCUGCAGGAAGUGAAACCUACUGGAGCAGUGUUUGAUCAGUCCAGAGCGGAAGAGGAGGCACGCUUGGGUACGGUAAUGGGAUCGCCAGUGAAAGAAGAUGUCACGAAGUUGGCAGAUGAUGAACUUGUUAAACAGGCCAUGGGAUCGGAAUGUACUAAAAAUUGCGGCACAAGGCAAGAUCGUAGGUCACCUCCAUCUGAACAGUGGGAUCAAGAUUUUCCUCUUGAGUCGGAAUUUCAACAUAUAGGACCAAGUAUAAAUGGAAGCUCUCUGAUUAGACCUGAGAGUAAACGACGAGAGGAUAAAAACAGGAGAAGACAGAGUUGGAAUGACUUUGUUAUACCAAGAAAUGUAAUGGAAAAACAGAGGGAAGUCAAAGAAGGAAUUGGAGCUAUCAAAAUGUUUGCCAGAGGUGUUGAAUCUCUCAAAUCCCUCAUCGCUGCACAUGCUUCUUUGUCUAAUCAGCUUCAUAGCCACAAAUCAUCGUCUCCUGAUUCCCUCAGAUUUGAUGCUCUACAUGCUGAAUUUGCCCAGUGGUGGGAAAUGGCCAUUGUGCUUGUUGAAGUCGGGUCUACUGGUAGAGAUGACAACUCGCACGGACCUAUAGAUGGCUCUAAGCGUGAGAGAAGAGUUACUUUGGCGACGGAGGAAGCUAGGAUAGCAGAGGACGCUCCGAGACAUGUUUCAGGCUCAAUUACUUCCACUGAGAUGUCUUCGGUGCCAUCUGAAGGAGGGUUGAUGGCGUCAGGCCAUCGCAAUAUCUCUCUUCCCGAAACGGUUGAACAUCUCCCAUCUCUAAGGAGUCCCCCGAGAGCAUCCCCGCCCCCCGAACACUGGCGGGCCUCUACAGGCCGGCAGAAUCUUUCAAAGAGACAGCUGGAAGUGCUGAGAACCAUGUUGAGAACCCCGGUGUCCGAAAGCAGUAAAGGCGUUGAUAUGACUGGACAUCAAGAAAGCACCCAGCGGGCUGAUUACGAAGCCGUCAACGCAACAAAGACCAAAAAAGGGGGCAAUGCGUCAAAAGCAAUAACGUCCAUGGCCCCGAAAAGCCAAAAUGACCUCCCAAUUGGCGUCGAUCUGCUUCAAGAACGUCGCGCUGAACCCCUUAAUGCAACGAUCAAAUCGAGGAGGCGAUAUACAAGCAAGGUUGGUCUUGCAGGGUUGAAAGAAUUCUUGCGUUCACUCAGAAUGGAGAGGUCAACAGGCAAGGCCGACGAACAAAAUCUUUCCCUGACAACAAUCAAAUCCCAAGCUCAUGGGGUGGAGGAUAUAGCAGCGGUUAUUCGCUCCAGGUCGUCAGCCACAAACCCUUCCACAGCAACCGAGGGCUCUGCGCUUCUCGAACAUCCGUCGUCUUUCCGAUCUGCCUCACCGACGGGGCAUUCAUGUGAGGUUUCUCAUAACUCAAUUUCGGUACGCAAUUUGCAAAUUGAACCGUCAUCUUCCAAACAAGUCCUCAUGCCAGAUAAAUCUCGAUCCAAGUCAUCUUCUCGAGUUCGGCAGAUUCCAUCAACAGCUUCCCCGAGCGUGCUUUCCAAGUCCACUCAAAAUCCUCGCUUAGAACCCAAAAGACCUAGUAUACGGAAUAUAUUUCGCACCAGCUCAGGCAACUGGAGCGAACUCAUCAGCCUGAACUCGGGUUCUCCGGCCCCAUCAUCGACUAAAAAUUCGUCACCGGCAUUGAGAAAGAGUGACAGCAUGCGGCGGACCUUUGGGCAAGUCAGCGAGGCUAAGGAUAGGCCCGAAAGGGGGGAGAAAGUGGACAACGAUAGUGCGGAAGCCAAAGCUGCUAAGAUGGGCUCGUUCAAAGGUCAUGAUGAGCUCUCUGUGGAUGGACGAGGUCUUAUUUUGAUUGGUGACCCUCCGCCGGGUACGUAUAUACGUUCAAAGCCCCCAACAGAGACGAGCGCCACGGUGAAGCAACUGGGGGUUGAGGAAGAAAUGACUCUCAAACCCAGUAAGAAAACCCGAGCAACUGGACUAGGAUGGCCGGAGCGUAAAGCGGAGGGGGGGGAUAUCAAGGAUUUCAUCUCGCCUGUAUUUUCCGGUAUUUCCAAUACAACCCAAGUUUCAAGUACGCCCAUGAUGGGACAACGGGAAGACAGCGAAGGCAACGUGGUUGUCGCGCUAACUCCAGAUAAUUUGCCAACUCUUUUAGAAUAUAUGAAGCAGUGUGAGGUGAAAUUGCAUGAGUGGAAGAAAAAGGUCCAGAUGGAAGGCUUGGACAAGGAGCUAAUUAUGAACUCGGUGAAAGCUUAGGGCAUACAUACCGGUCACUAUGUUUUCAUAUAUGCUUAGUAUUAUUAUUACAAAUGAUAGAUGUAAAUCUAAACCAAUGGAAG